GCGGAGUCUGGCCGUGCAAUGGACGCUUACACGACCCCGGAGUACUUUCACUGUAUUACGGAUUCGCUCUUUCAAAAGAGUGUAUAUGAGCCUGAGGCUGAUACUUUUCUUUUUUUAGAGUCACUUGAUCGGGAAAAAUCCUACUUAUCAAGGGUAAUUUCGUGCAAGAAGGACUGCUGUAUUGUGGAAGUAGGUUGUGGAUCUGGUGUGGUCAUUACUCACCUGUUCGCUCUUCUGCAAAGCAUAGAUCUUCUCAACACCCCUGGUUCUGGGGACUCAAUACAGAAUGAAAAUCAGAGUUCCGCCAUCGUUUUACAUCACAGCGGUGGAGACUCCACUAGUCAGAUUCCUCUUAACCGCAGACGAUUUUACGCUAUAGAUGUAAACCCACUGGCACUCCAGGCAACCGCCUUUACAUGGGAUAGGACCCUCAAGAAGUACUUCUGGAGGGAUGUUGAAAAAUUUAUGGUCCAGGAUAACUCAUCUCAAGGUAGUUCAGGGGUGGAAGCACUGACCCUUGAUCCAAAUGUUGUGAACUUGUACACGUAUCCAGGAAAGUCGGAAGGAGUGGGGGAGAGGAUCUCAUCCAUUGAGACCGCCGCGGCAGGGAUAUACAUGGAUGCUAAGGCACCGAUUAAAUCCUCUUGCGCAUCGCCAGUACUGUGGCCAUAUACCCUUUCCCUCCUAGAAGGUGAUCUUCUUCAUGCUCUAAAGGAUCUCCAGGGGCCUUUCAGAGUUCGCUCGUGUGAUGUUGUAUUGUUCAACCCUCCCUAUGUGCCCACCUCUACAGAGGAGCUUGAGCAAGCGCUCACGCGAAAGGACCUCAUCACCUCUGCGUGGUGCGGCGGGGAGCGUGGGCGUGUUGUGCUUGAUCGCUUCAUCGAAAUGCUACCCCACUAUUUAUCCCGAGACGGGUGCUGCUACAUAGUUCUUAUCAAAGAAAAUGACAUUGCUGAUGUCUAUCGAAAGAUUCAAGUUGAGUUUCAUCUAUAUCAUCAUUUGACAACAUGCAUGGAUGGAAACGGCAGCACAUUAGAGGACCAACCCACUGAAAGCUAUCAUGGCGAAGCAGAUCUUAUGCAUAUAGUGUGCUGCACGGAUCGAUACACUGGCGAGCAUCUUUCGAUUCACCGUAUUUCCUAUAAAGGGAGCUCUUAA